AAUAGCAGUAAUAUAAUCAAUUUGUCUCUGAGUUAAUUCUACUAUCAAAUAUAAAGUAUCAACUACAUGCUUUUAGUUCGUGUCAAUCGUAUAUAAUACUCCGGUAAGUCAGUUCGAUGAUACGAGUGUCAUUUGUAUAAUCAAAACAAUGGCUGGAUCUGCGUUAAGACGAUUAAUGGCCGAAUAUAAGCAAUUAACCUUAAAUCCACCAGAAGGUAUAAUUGCUGGACCAUUAAGCGAAGAAAAUUUUUUUGAAUGGGAAGCAUUAAUUACAAUAUUAAAUAUAUUCGUAGAGGACCAGAAGGGACAUGUUUUGAAGGUGGAGUAUUUCCAGCGAAAUUGAUAUUUCCAUCCGAUUAUCCACUUAGUCCACCAAAAAUGCAGUUUACUUGUGAAAUAUUUCAUCCAAAUAUUUAUGCAGAUGGAAGAGUAUGUAUAAGUAUUUUACAUGCUCCUGGCGAUGAUCCUAUGGGAUAUGAGAGUAGCGCAGAAAGAUGGAGUCCAGUACAAAGUGUAGAAAAAAUAUUGUUAAGCGUAGUGAGUAUGCUAGCUGAACCCAACGAUGAAAGUGGAGCAAACGUUGAUGCUGCAAAAAUGUGGAGAGAAGAUAGAUCUGAAUUCGAGAGAAUUGCACAGAAACUCGUUAGAAAAACUCUUGGAAUUCCAUCUUAAUAAAUUAUUUAUCUUGUUAAUUUAAUUUUAUUUAGAAGUAAUACUGAAGAAAAGUGGCUUAUCUUUCUCUACUAUUUUCUGUUUGAAUCCAUAUAAUAAUAUUUAUUUUAAAUAAAUAUGAAGCAGACCAUUGUCUACUUUUGUCUAUUAUUUAUGUAUAUAAUGAUAUAUAAAUCACUUUAAAAAAA